AUGGCUUCGAUGUUAAACUACUUUGGCUUCAGUACCCCUGCCUCUGAGAAACAAGCCAAAGAUUCGCCCGUGCGUGCCUUACCUGCAUCAUGGUACACUUCACCCGAGAUGUACGAGUUAGAGCGCCGUGCUAUCUUCUCGAAGAGGUGGCUCUUCAUCACCCACAGCAUGCGACUGAAGGAACCUGGCGAUUGGCUCCGCUACCAAAUCGCAGGUUUCGACUUCAUCAUCACUCGUGAUCGACAGGGAAGCAUCAAUGCAUUCCACAAUGUCUGUCGACACCGUGCGUACCCAGUUGUCGAGAAAGAGGGCUCCGGCAAUUCCAAGAUCCUAGCGUGUCGGUACCACGGCUGGUCUUACGGACUAAACGGCAAGCUCGCAAAGGCCCCGGGUUACCAAGACCUGAGCAACUUUGAAAAGGAUCAGAACGGUCUGUUCAAAAUCCACGUAAAAGUCGACGUCAACGGCUUCAUCUGGGUGAACAUGGACGCCAACGAAGUCCCAGAAGUGUCAUGGGAGCAGCACUUCGAGAACGUCGACAAACAAGAACGCUAUAAAGCCUACAGCUUCGAUGACUACGACUUUGAUCAUUCCUACGCUCUCGACGGUGACUAUAACUGGAAGAUCCUGGCGGAUAAUUUCAACGAAUGCUACCACUGCCCUACAACGCACGCCGAUAUCCCCGAAUUCCUCAACUUAGAGUCCUUCGACAGUGAUCUCAAAGACGGACACAUCCAGCACCAUUGUGAAUCAACACCAGAGCAGAUCGAGAAAGGUCUCUACACAGCCAGUACAUACUACUUUCCCAUCUCCGCCAUGGUUGUCUCACCCCAUUUCAUCAUGAUCCAGAAAUUCCUCCCCUCAAGCCCCCAAACCGCCAAGAUGGCCUACGAAAUCUACCGAAACCGCAACUCCUCUGACGCAGACUUCAAACUCAUCAGUGAUAUGUACGCGCGUGUCAUGCGCGAAGAUAAAGUCCUCUGCAACAAUGCACAGAGAAACCUCAACCGAAACGUGUUUACUAACGGCGAGCUACACCCUAAGUACGAGAAGGCGCCGCUUUUCUUCCAGAGCACCGUUCGUGACGCUAUCAUGGAGCAUUUCGAGCGCGAGAAGGCUGAGGGUCAUCAGAUAUGGCCGGCUAAGCCGAGGGUGUCUUGUAAUGCGAAUGUCAGUGAGAAGGAUGAGGAGUUUUGUGCGGCGCUAGCUUGUGAAGCGAAGAGUGGGGUUUUGGCUUGGUGA